AUGUUUCGAAAUCGACUGAACAGCCAGAAGCCCGAUGGGAAACUGCUAGAAGACUUCAAGGCAAACUUCCCCCACAUCCAGCAGCGCUCCCAUUCUCUCGCCGCGCCGCCAGGCCACUCGCUCGCCGAUGUCUUGGACAUCGCAAACCCCUCUCGCCAGCCUGACAGCCAUGAGGACAUCAAGGACCAGGACCCCACUCCGCGCGGCAACAAUGAGCCCUGGAGGUUUACGCCCUCACUGCUCGACCCAAACAGCUUUGCAUUCACCUCCUUUGCAAACCAGCCGCCUGGCUACUACACCCCAACUCCGGGUGGCACCAAUACGCUCUACCACAGUCAGGCCGGCGACCUGCACACGCCUGGCUUCAGCUUUGGCUUAGGCACCCCACUGUCGCUUCCCACCUCAGAAGGUGGACUCCAUGCCGGCCAGAUCGCACCUACUGCCCACUUGCAUGGUUUCAACCACCAUGCCCUCGGCUCUCACCACUUCCAAAAUGCCAAUCCCUUUGGCAUGCAGCCGCAGCAUUCGCAGUCUUUUGCGCCCCACCAAUUCACUCACCAGCCUUCGGCCUUUGACCAGCGCCCUUUGGCGCAAACCCAUGAGAAUUCUCCCAUGGACAACAUGGUGCCCGAAGUCGAGAUGCAAGAGCAAUCGCCUCUCAUAGGCUUCGCACCCCAUUCAUAUGACAGCAUAGCAUCUGCAGUCCAAUCUGCACCCCCUCCACCCAAUCAAAACUUCCGAUACCACGUCACUCUGAAUGCGCCAACAGCUAUGGUCAAGCAGCCAGACGAGGUCCCGGUGACGUAUCUAAACAAGGGACAAGCUUACUCCAUCUCCUUGGUCGAUACGGCUCCACUCCAGCCCCCUUCGCCAAAUCUCAAGUACAGGACCUUUAUUCGCAUUUCAUUCGAGGACGAGCAACAACGCCAGCGACCCGCGUCUUGCUGGCAACUAUGGAAAGAAGGUCGAGGCACGAAUGAAGCCCAUCAGCGUGGCGGACGCCUGCAAGCUGUUGAAUUUGUUGACCCGAGCCAAGUAGGCGGCGGCGAAGUCCAAGGCCGACCCAGGGUAGAGCUGGAAUCAUCCUCGUUUGACGGCUUCGUGGUAACAUGGACGCCCGUUCCCAAUGCUUCGCCAGAGUGUUCGUUGGCUGUGCGCUUCAACUUCCUCUCUACCGACUUUAGCCAUUCCAAAGGCGUCAAGGGCAUCCCGGUUCGACUUUGCGCAAAGACGGAGCUGAUCACGGAGACUGCUGGAUCAUCGCCCCAGCGAUCAGAAGCCGAGCUUUGUUAUUGCAAGGUCAAGCUCUUCCGAGACCACGGCGCCGAGCGGAAACUGUCCAACGAUGUUGCGCACGUCAAGAAGACGAUCGACAAGCUCAAGCAGCAAAUUGCGCAAGUCGAGUCUGGAAUGAAAGACUUUGGCAAGCGGAAGCGCAGUGGCUCAAUUUCCAAAGGCACCAUGAGUCAAAGACCCGGCAAGGUGCCCAAGCACAAGCGGACUUGGUCCAUGUCUUCGACAAGCGACAAUCAAGGAGCUCGCGCGCCAGCUGAAGAAGAUCUUCAUAUCAAACUGGCGUCUUUGCAGGACAUGUUCAGCUCGACCAGGCCUGUCAGUGUUCUCUACCUCAAAGGAGAAGCACAGGACGACCCAGAUCUGCAUCCAGUUGUCUUGGGCGCAUCGUCCCACGAUCUCUCCAAGCUGGACACCAACGUGGAUGCACAAAUGUGGGAUGGACACGAUCCACAGACAUCGACUUCGUCCGUGGUAUCUCCAACUCCCAGCUCACAAUCUCUCCAGUCGGAGAAACGUCGCGCCUCUUCUUUCCAACGUCCGCAGCCCUUCCAACCGCCCUCGCGCAUGUCUUCAAACGAGUGGCGAAAUCUUCCGCAAACCGCUACUGGCGAUCUCAAGGGAAUGGCGAAUAUGCACGGAGGCGCAGAUGUCCCAACCAAAGUCCAACGACCGUAUUCCGACGAUCACGCGCUUUCUGGAUGGAUCGAAGCUCUUGGCGUUGACCAGACGUACCAGCCACCACCAGAGCCCUUGCUCAAGCCAGUUGCGUGCUUUUUCGUCCAGCCCAGGCUCGCCGGUCGCCAGCCAGAGGACAACUAUUUCCGAGCCGUAUACCUUAUGGAUCGCACUGUCAAGGAGCUUGUCACUGGCAUUGCGAUGAAGCUCAAGAUUGAGCCUAGCAAGGUGACACGGACCAUCCGCGUUAACCAGAAAGGACUACAAAUCUUAAUGGACGAUGAUGCAGUCAGCAGGAUACCGGAGCAACAGGACAUGACGGCUGAAUUCCACGAAAUCGGCACGCCUCCGGCGCAUUCGAUGAAGCGCGAGUGGGACGCCGGCCCUACAGACAUUCAGGUCGAUGGAGAUAUCAGUGUCACCGAAAACGUCCAUUCGACUGGCUACGAACUACGCCUUCUCUUCUAG